AGCCCCGCCUCUCUGGUGACGCGACCGCGCGCGUGGGCGGGACCGAGCUCCCGGGCUCUGCGGGUCUCUGAGGCCGCGGUGACGCCGGCGGGGACCGGAGAACCGGCGUCGCGUCUGUGGGCCGCCUGCUGCCGGGGCGCCGCGGACUUGCGUGGGUGGAGCACACGGGAAAGUGAAGUGAUCAAGCGCCUUCAACUUGGAGACCAAAGCCGGGGACUGCUGUCUGCGCCACCACUGCCAGCGGUGCAGCCUCAGCAGCUGCAGCACGGCGCCGGGCAGCCUGAGAAAUGAGAAAAAUACCAAAUCAUGGGACACUGCGGAUGACCAAGGUGAUAUACCCGCUGGGGCUGUGUGUGGGCCUGUUCAUCUACGUUGCCUAUGUCAAGUGGCACCGGGCCUCCGCCACCCAGGCCUUCUUCAGCAUCUCCGGCAUGGCUCUGGGCGCCCAGGGAGGCCCGCAGGCCCAUAGCCCCCAGGAGACAGCGCCACGUGGUCUCGAGGUCUUCUACGGGAUCAUGUUUGACGCAGGCAGCACCGGCACCCGUGUCCACGUCUUCCAGUUUGCACGCCUGCCUGGAGAAACUCCCACCUUGACCCACGAAACCUUCAAAGCACUGAAGCCAGGUCUUUCUGCUUACGCUGAUGACGUGGAAAAGAGUGCUCAGGGAAUCCAGGAGCUGCUGGAUGUUGCCAAGCAGGACAUCCCAUUUGACUUCUGGAAGGCCACCCCACUGGUGCUCAAGGCUACCGCUGGCCUGCGCCUGCUGCCAGGAGCAAAAGCCCAGAAGCUGCUGCAGAAGGUGGAAGAGGUGUUCAAGGCGUCGCCUUUCCUGGUGGGAGAUGACUGUGUCUCUAUCAUGAACGGGACAGACGAAGGUGUUUCGGCGUGGAUCACUGUCAACUUCCUGACAGGCAGUCUGAAGACCCCGGGCAGGAGCAGCGUGGGCAUGCUGGAUUUGGGCGGAGGGUCUACUCAGAUCACCUUCCUGCCCAGUGUGGAGGGCACUCUGCAGAGCUCCCCUCCUGGCCACCUGACCGCCCUGCAGAUGUUCAACAGGACCUACAGGCUCUACUCCUACAGCUACCUAGGGCUUGGACUCAUGUCGGCACGGCUGGCGAUCUUGGGCGGCGUGGAAGGGGAGCCUGCUAAGGAUGGAGAGGAAUUGCUCAGUCCCUGUCUGCCACCCAACUUCAGAGGGGAGUGGGAGCACGCUGAGAUCACCUACCGGAUUGCGGGCCAGGAGGCAGCAAGCCUGUACGAGACGUGUGCCCGCAGAGUGGCCGGAGUCCUGCGGGACAGGGUGCACCACACCGAGGAGGUAAAGCGCGUGGAGUUCUACGCCUUCUCCUACUACUACGACCUCGCAGCCAGUGUCGGCCUCAUCGAUGCUGAGAAAGGAGGCAGCCUCGUGGUGGGAGACUUUGAGACUGCAGCCAAGUACGUGUGCCGGACCCUGGAGACGCAGCCACACAGCAGCCCCUUCGUGUGCAUGGACCUCACCUACAUCAGCUUGCUGCUGCAGGAGUUCGGCUUUCCCAGGAACAAAGUGCUGAAGCUGACUCGGAAGAUCGACAACGUGGAGACCAGCUGGGCCCUGGGGGCCAUUUUCCAUUACAUCGACUCCCUGAACAGACAGAGGAGUCCCGCCUCAUAGCAGCUGAGCCUCCUGGCCCGCCCCCAGCCAGCAUUCCCAGCACCUGUCCGAGGUCCCCUGCCCUCCUGGAGGUGAUUUCAUCCUUGAGGAAUCAUAGCUCGGGCCACAGCCCCUCCUCCCUGCAGCCCUGGGCAGCCUCGGGACUCUGAGGGCCUGGCACCAGCAAGGCCCACACCAGCUGGCCUUGUGUGGAAGCCGGGGCCAGGGCUGGAACCCAGGCCCUGCUGGAGCCUCCCUCCUGCCUCGGCUCCAGGAGGUUGGUGAGCCCAAGGAGGCAGAGGGUGUGCACUGAGGCAGGAGAUGCAGCCUGUGUUCAUCUUGUGUCCCGGCCCCUGCUGUUUCCUCCCCAGAACAGAAGUGGGGAGUUGUCAGGGCCAGUGUGGUGCCCAUGGGCAUGGUGGGGCCUGGGCUUGAGGCAGGUCCUGCUUGCUCUGGAGGGAGCUGGGUGGUGGCGGUGCCAGGAAGUCCCCCAGAGGUGCAAACCCUCGGAUAGUUUGGGGUUAAGUGGUGGAGCGGACUCUGAGCUGCUGUAAACGCACCCGCUGCUGUGCAGCUGGGGUGCGGGGUGUCUGUGUGGGAACUGUCUGAGCCCCUUUCCUGCACACCAACCCUGUCCUGGUGAAUGUGUUGCUGCCGUGAGCCAUUGGCAGCCAGCAGGGACAGGCCCGGGCCACGACCGCCAGAACCACAGCAUCUCGGGCCACUAUCCAGCCUUUGUGGGCAGUGUGAGCUCGGACGUGGUGUGGGUCCCUGUGCCUGUCUCCUGCUGUCCCCUCAGUGACUGUACAAUGCACAAAAUAAGCUGAAUCUCAUGAGUCUGCUCAAAAUAAAAGGUUUACAAGGUC